CCAAUUACAUUUUAAACCAAACACAAUCUGUACAUCAGUGUUGAACACUGCCAUAGUUAUCGAUAUCGAUCAAAUUAUAUAUUUUUGCUUUUAGCAAUCUAUCGAUUGUGGCAUCGGCUGACAGCUCUAUUACCGCUUGCCGCACACGUGUUUGCACCGCAGCACAUUUCUCAUUUUAUUUUCUUGAAAAUAAUUUAAUACAAAAAAGAAAAUACAAUGGCAGCAGAGACUACAAAUGCUGAGGUCAACGCAGAAGUAAAAGAGGUAGAGAAAGUUGAAGAAGUUGUCGAGUCUGAGACCGGCAAAAAUGGUGAUGUGAAGAAAGAUGAGCCAGAGGCUCCCGCGGCUGAAGAGUACAGCAAGCAAGAGCGCGCAAUUAUUCGGCAAGUUGAAUACUACUUUGGUGAUGCUAAUUUGCAUCGUGACAAGUUCCUUAGCGAGCAAAUUACCAAGAACGAAGGCGGUUGGGUUCCGCUUUCAGUGCUGGUCACAUUCAAACGUUUGGCUUCGCUCUCGACUGAUUUUGAGGAAAUAGUAAAUGCAUUGAACAAAUCCGAUGAGGGCCUCGUGGAGAUCAGCGAGGACAAGCAGAAAUUGCGUCGUCAUCCUGAACGACCCGUUCCAGAACACAACGAGGAGCGUCGUAAAGAGAUUCAGGAGCGCACAGUUUACGCUAAGGGCUUCCCAUUGGAAUCCCAAAUGACAGAGAUUCUCGAUUUUGUCAGUGCCUUCAAUAAGGUGGUUAAUGUGACUAUGCGCAAACAUUACGACAAGCCCACCAAGUCGUACAAAUUCAAGGGUAGCAUCUUUGUCACAUUCGAGAAGAAGGAACAGGCCAAAGAAUUCCUUGAGAAGGAUAAGCUCGCGUACAAAGAGCGUGAGCUGCUCCGCAAGUGGCAGAUUGAUUAUCUGAAGGAGAAGCAGGAAGAAUAUCAAAAGAAGAACGAGAAACGAAAGAACAAGAAGGAGGCCAAACCUGAACCCGAAAUUGAGCUGCCCAAAAAUGCGAUCGUUGUCUUCGAGGGAGCUCCAGACACUGUCUCGCGUGAGGAAAUACGCGAAGCUUUUGAAAAAGUCAAAGACUUUGAUAUUGCUUACAUUGAGUUCAACAAAGGAGACACAAAGGGCUCUGUCCGUCUCACAGAGGCGGAUGCGGCUGAGAAAUACAUUGCCAAAGUGGAGGAUGCUAAGCUGAAAUUCAAUGAUGAAGUCUCCCUUACCCUGCGAAAGGCCAACGAAGACGAGGAAAAAGAAUUUCUGGACAAGGCAAUUGAAUUCAUGAAGAAGCGACGUGACUUCUCACGUGGCAAGAACAACAAGCGUUUCGGCCGCAAGCGCCACGGCGGCCACGACAACAGAAACAACAACAAAAAGCAGCGCUCAGAGUAGCGACUUCCUCAGCUUUGCUCGACUCUAAAUGCAAAUGAGAAAAAAAUGUUAGCUCUUAGUUGUUAGCUUUAAGCAACCGCGUUUUGUGACAUCCAAUUGCAACUAUUACUAGUUUUCCAAUAACAUUAAGCGUACAUAAGCCUGAGGUCCGAGUAUCUGAGAAAUAUGUAUAGUUUACAUAAUUAU